AUGGACUCUCCGUACAGUCGGGAGUCGAGCGAACCCCCAUUCGACUCUGCGCAUCCCUUCAAGGGCGUCGUUGUCUGCUGCACCAGCAUCCCUCCCGACCAGCGGGCAGAAAUAGCCAAAAAGACCGAAGAGCUCGGCGGAAUCCACAAGUACGACCUCACCCCCGACGUAACCCAUCUCGUUGUCGGCGACUACGACACCCCAAAAUACCGCCAUGUCGCCAAGGAACGUUCCGAUAUCAAGGCCAUGGAUGCCACCUGGAUCGAUGCCGUAGGGAAGCUGUGGAUGGAGGAUGUCAACAUUGACUUCCCGGCUGUCGAACGCGAACAUCAACUCAAGCCUUUGGAGACAUGCGGCGAGCUCCCCGAUGCCACUAAUCCUGCCGAAUCGAAGCGAGGGAGCCUGUUGCUGUGCAUGACAGGCUUUGACGAUCCCGACGAACGUAACCAAAUCAUCGAGCGAAUUCAAGCCAACGGUGGCACUUACACUGGCGACCUGACGAAACGAGUGUCGCAUUUGAUCGUACAUAAGCCAGAGGGAAAGAAGUUCAAGGCUGCCCGUAACUGGGGUAUUCGUACUGUUUCCCUCGCAUGGCUCGACCAGACUGUAGAGCGUGGCUUGAUUCUCGACGAGCAGUGCUUCGAUCCGGCUCUGCCGCCUGAGGAGCAGGGCCAAGGUGCUUGGAACAAGGUCAACCCGAGGCGGGUGUCUCUCGGCAAGCGGUCGAGAUCCGGCGUCGUUGAGGGUGGGCAGAGGAAGUUGCGAAAGACGGCGAGUAUGAAGCUUAGUAGCCAGCGCGAGUCGCUUUGGGGCGACAUCCUCGGCAGCAAACCCACCGGAGAGUCUUCUGCACCCGACAGAAGCGAGAGAAUCGAGGUUCAAGACUCGGGCAUUCACGACGCCAUGGUGCGGCCAGCUCCUGAUGCGGGCAUCUUCUCGAUGUGCUACUUCUUCAUGACUGGUUUCGAACCGUGGAAGACAAAGAUCCUAGCCGAGACGAUAGGUUCCCUCGGCGGAAAGACCUAUAACCUAUUCGAGGAGAUGGUUGCAGAUCCCAGGGCCAGACCACGCCAUAGAUUUCUGAUUGUCCCGCAGGAGUCUCAGCCCUCGACACGUUAUCAGGUCCCUUCAGCACACGUCGACAAGAUCCAGAUAGUAACGGAGUUCUUUAUCGAGCGGUGUUUGCACAACAAGGAGCUUUGCGACCCAGAUGGUCAUGUUCUGGGCCGUCCGUUUCCCGUGUUUCCUAUCUCCGGCUUCGAGGGCCUGUCUAUCUGCACGGCAGGCUUCACCGGCAUCGAUCUUCUUCACGUAGAAAAGGCCAUCAAGCAAAUUGGCGCCAAGUAUGCAGCCAGACUCAACGAGACUACUUCAGUGCUAGUCUGCAAGUCCAUCACGGAAACGCGCAAAGAGAAGUUGAAAUUCGCCUUUGAAAACGACAUACCUAUUGUCGGCUCAGACUGGCUUUGGGAAUGCAUAACGACGGGCUUCAAUGCUCCCGUAAGGACAUUCAUGUUCUCAGAAAUCAAGCAAAACCCCAACCUCGAACCCCGGCCGAAACCCAAGGAACAGCCCAAGGAAACUAAACAGCCGAUCCAGAGAACACGGUCCGAACCUAUCCCUCACAUGCCGAAGAAGCCUGUAUCACGGCACACGUCUGCUGUGGGAAUUGACCAAACCGCCUUCCAAGAUGACCGUCCAAAACCUGCGGCCCAAAGGCAGAGUAUGAAGAAGGCGGAUUCAGCUGCGUCUUUCCAGUUCCAGACUGCCAAGUCGCAUCAGAUGGAUAGUUUCGGUGGCGGGACUGUCAAUGAAUCUUCUAGCGUGCGCAACAGAAUCUCUACAGUGGCGGCAAGACCGGCCAUGUCAAGAACGACGAGCGUCGCCGACAGCAUGGACCCGACACCUAUAUCGAGAUUGGAUGCGCAGGAAGCCGUCGAAGAUUUGCCCGAGGCGGAUCCCUCUCACACAUCUGACAAGGGCGCACUGGAUGCCCAAAUGAGCGAGGCCCAGGAAAGUGUCAAGAAGGAUCAGCGCAGGAAGAACGAUGGAGAUCAAGAAAUCGUUGACGAAAAUGGGAGAGACGCCGAUACCCCGCUGGGAGCACGACAGCGUAAAGCUGAAGAGGGGGGACGUGAUCGCCGUCUUGAUGAGAAACAGGACGAUCAAGUGAUGAUAUCUGCGGAAGGGGACGUCGAAAGCCAGCUAGAGCUCAAACGUGGUGAAUUACCAAAGGUGGAUCUGGAAGCCCAGCUCAAGGCAGAGCGUGAUGCGCAGAAGAGGGCAGAAAAGGAGGACCUCUCCAGCAAGAUUCUCGGCGUCAUUGAGAAGGGUGCGGAAACCCCCAGUAACGAGGAGCAACCGCAGACACGGCGUCGCAAGGCUCGCGUCUUUGGCCGCGCUAUCAGCAACGCCUCAGUAGCCUCCAGCGGCAGCGCCGAGUCGCGGAUUGAUGCCCUCGGCCGGCCCACAGAGGAGCAGCCCCAGGAGGAGCCGGAGCCGCCGUCGACGCAGAUCCAGUACGAGGACCCCGGCGCCCAGCACCACCGCGCAAAGAUCAGGAGCAAGAUGCUCGGAGAGGAGGUCAAGCCCGCUACCAGUCAGAGUAAGAUCAAGAUUGGCGGGUUCGAGUUCGACGGCGAUCCGCCGAAGAUGCCUCGUCGGCAGACGAGGAGCAAUGCUUGA